AUGAAUGAAGGAUUUUAUCAAAAUAAAUCAACCUUAUUUCUGCAUCGGGUAUUUGGGUACCGAGGAAUAAUUCUGUUCUCUUGGUUGGCCAGAGUUUUCGAUCGUUACGAUGGUCGAUCCAAAGUACCAUCAUCACAAUUGGAUGUUCAUGAAAUACGGACUCAACCAACGAUGUAUUAUCAAGUUUUAAUCGACUCGCGUGAUAUGCCAUUCAUACGAGCUCAAACAGAAGCUGUGACAUUUUUAGGUAAUCAGGAGCAAGAUCGAAAUCUCUAUGCUAUCCAGGGUCUCGAUUAUGUGGCACAUGAGGAUCUGAUUCCUUAUACAAGUACAGAACGAACACCAAUUGAACACGAAUUAUUUCAUAAGUUUCUUAUUUAUGACUCAGAAGCCACUCCAAAUUUUCUUCCUCGAGAACAUUUGAAGUCAUGGCAAGAACGACAUCAUCAUUGGUUAGAACUAUCUGAUGUAUCCAAGGACGUCACGCAUCAAAUUCGAGUUACUGUCAUUCCAUUCUACAUCGGUGCUCGUACAGUGCAAGGGAGUAAAGUGCAUUGGUGGCGAUAUUCCAUUCGAAUUGAAAAUUUAAAUCCAGAUGAAGUUGUUACACUACGUGAACGUCAUUGGCGAAUAUUCAGUUUAUCAGGAACAUUGGAAACCGUACGUGGUAAAGGUGUCGUUGGAGAAGAACCGAGAUUGUCAAGAGAAUAUCCUGCAUUUCAAUAUUCAUCACAUGUUUCUCUAUCAGCGAGGAGUGGCCAUAUGUGGGGAACUUUCAAAAUGGAAAGAGAUGAUGGUACGUUUAUCGAAGUUCGAAUCCCACCUUUUAAUUUAGAAUGUAAAAGUGAUUCAAUGUUCGGUGAAAAAUCAUCAUUAUAA